CUAAAUAUGCACUUUAAUAAAAAACUGCACUGAACUGAACUAGUUAGUAACGCCAUUUAGCGUAAACAGUGCCAACUAUUUUUUACUACAAACUUGGUCGUUUUGCCAACGAUGGCGCCACCGGUGUUAAAACCCGCUCACUGAGCGGCUCACCGAGCGGUGGCCUUUCCGGAUGCACCCAGUGUGUCACGUUCAAUUUGGAGGGCGCAUCCUCUGACAGUGGUUCUCAAUGAUAGGUUGAGAUGUUAGCUGCAUUAAUGGUGGACAGAAAAACGACAGUAGCCCGUGCACUGGAAUGACAACAAGUGAUUGAUAUUAUUGACGACGGUAGAAUGUGAGGUGCGAGAGGAAAGAUAUUUCGGCGCGAACGGGAGCGCACUUUGUUGGUAAGUAGCCCGACAAAGCAUCCCGUUCGUGGAAGUGAUCGUGCAUUCGGGGCUUUCAUUCAAGGUGUAGGAAAAAUUCGCUACGAAUUGCCGUCGGUGAGUGCAGGUUAUGUGAGCUACGAAACGCGUCGUCAUUAGCCGUUUCCCUCGAAUGCUGGCCAGGAUGGGCCAGGGUACGGACACCUGCACGGACAGGCCUACCGAAGUCAGCGUCAUUAGAUUUGUAUCGAGGAACCGCACCAUCGAGGAAAUCGCCCCAAAAAAGGAAAUAUAUACUUGCAAACAACGAGGUUGCGGUAAAGUAUUCACUAAUCAAGAUGAAUACAAAACACACGAGGCUCUUGAAGCCUUAAAAAUUAGGUUUAUCUGUCGGGAACCGGGAUGCGGAGAGGAAUUGUCCGAUCCUGGAAGUAUGUGGCGUCAUUAUCAAGAGUGGCAUAAUAACGAAACAAAUGUAUUUAUAUGUCCGUACACAAACUGUGGAUCUUUACAUUCAACCAGUAGUAAUCUAGAAGAACAUAUCGAAAGCUGCCACAGACAACCGCCAACACUGCCAACUGAACCAGAAGUAAUAUGUUUUGAAGACCUUGAAAAUGCAAUGGACGAAGAAGUCGUACAGAGCACAGAAGAUUGCUAUGAAAAGAGAACGAGCGAAACAUUUGCAAUUAAGGGACAUCAGUACGACGAUAGUAACGAGCAAAGUAUUCGUAGAAGCGACAUUAUACAACAACAAGAAAAGGAGGUCCCUCACGAUCGGAAUAUUCCAAACGAUAACUCGAACAAGGAAGACUAUUCUUCUACUGGCGAAUCCUUGAAAGAAUCCGAUGGAUAUCCUAUAACUGAAAAUCUAAUUUUAAAUACAGAAAAUUUUCUAUCCAAGUACGAAGGCAAUAUGAACAAAUGUUCAGAACUACAAGUAGAACAUUCCCAAGAAAAAAGUAACGUAGUUUACGUGAAUGGUGAUAUUACCAUUACAAAGAAUUCAAAGAACGAGGUGUGUAAUAUAAAUUCCAGGAAUCAAGACCACAGAAUAGAAUUGGAUAAUCUCGAAAGAAUCUUCAGAAGCGACCACGAUCGCGAUUCUUCGAAAAAUGAAGAAAAUACCUUGGAAACGAAUAGUAACUGUUCAGACGACGAAGAGUAUACUCCAAAGAAACAACGUAUGUCCAGAUACAAACAAGAAAUCUACAAGUGUGCCACCAACGGCUGUGGGAGAAAAUAUAAAUACAUAUCCCAUUAUCGUCAUCACCAGGACAGUCAUAAAUUAGUAGCUAAUACAAUUAAUUCAAAUUCUAGCAAACCGAUAGUCAAACUAAAACAAGGGAAAGCUUCGACUGUCAGUUUUUUCUUAUGCAAGAUUCCUGGCUGUGGAGCACAAGUGAGUAAUGUGACUGGUCUAUGGAAACAUUACCAGGACAAUCAUGCUAAUUCAAAACUGCCAGUAGUACAAGGAACUAAAAAUAACGAAGUAUUUCGAUGCAAAAUUCCAGGAUGUGAAACAGAGUUCAGUACAACGGUAAUGUUAUAUAAACACUUCAGUGAAGUGCACUCAAAUGGUACUGGCAAUAAUGCUAGCACAAAUACAAAGACUGGAAAUGGGAGUAGUUUUCAUUAUACUGAAAUGUUCAAAGAUGAUGCUACCAGCCCGCAAGUAAACUUUAAGACUGACUUUAAGGCAAAGCAUAAUAUUAAUGUAAAUGAUUGUACGAAAAAUACUGAUGAACAAAGAUUAUCGUCAGUCGUUAAAAAGGAAAUUCGAGAUUGA